AUGGACGCCAUUAAGAAGGCUUUCGUGCCGGCCACGGGCAAGGAGCAAGAGAUCGCCGCGGGAUUGGGCGACCGUGAUCGUCGUCGAGAGGAUGAUCUCAACCCCGAUGCCCAGAAAGAGCUGCAACAACUGCGCGAUACCCUACAGAACAACAUCCAAGCCUCGCGCAUGCAGCACCACGCUUUUGAGCCACUCUCGCUGCCUGGCUCGCAACCAGUCCCUUCUGGAUCCGCAACGCCGCAGCGUAUUCAACGAAUGCAAGCGGGCUCGGAUCACAACUCGCCCAAGCACUCACCUCCUGGAUCCACCGUGCACUCUCCACCACUCACACCCGCUGCCACCCAUUCGCGAGAUGCCGGCAAGACCGUCACAUCCGCUCCGGCGGUCCGUCCACCCACUGAUGUUAUGACCCCUCAGAGAUCAACAUCACCACAGCGCGCGGAACCAGUAUCCUCACACCCAAAGCAGCAACCGUCGAAUUCUGUGGGACCGUCCAACGACUCGCAGCCGCCGUCCAAGGACAUCAGCCCCAGCGAUACACCCAGCAGCACUGCCCCCGGCACACCCAGAUCAUACACUCCGAGCUCGGACAGCUCUCGCAAGCGUACUUCCGUUGCACAAACCUCGGAGACCUCCGAAUCACGCUUUCGAUUUGGUAACCGCGAUCCAGCGAUUGGCUUCACGACUUCUGGAAGCGGGCCAAGCCUGCCGCCCAUGCCUGGUCUGCCCAAGCAGACGCCGAGUGGAUUGCCGAUCAUGAGGAAUGAGGAGAAGCGCUCUAGCGGUUUCUUCGGCGGAUACAAGAAUGAUCACAGCACGGAGGAGAAUAAACGCUCCAGCAUUUUCUUUGGCGGACAAAAGAAUGAUCACAGCACCGAGGAGAAUAAACGCUCCAGCGUGUUCUUUGGCGGACACAAGAAUGAUCACAGCGACAGCUCAAGCACAAUCAAUGAGAAAGCACAAGGGAAUCACGGUUCAAAGUCCAACCUCAAGCGCUUCUUCAAGGGAUUGGGAGGCGGAGACCACAAACACAAGGAGAAGGACAAGGCAAGAUCAAGAGCGAAUUCGCCAAAUGGGACAAGAACACCACCGGCUUCGAGACCCACGACUGGAAAUGCACCGGUCGUGCCAUUCGCCGAUGACCAUGGUCUGGCAUCGAAGUAUGGAAAGUUUGGCAAAAUGUUGGGAUCCGGUGCAGGUGGCUCUGUUCGUCUCAUGAAGAGGAGUGGAGAUGGCACCGUCUUCGCAGUCAAGCAAUUCCGUGACCGACACGCAUACGAGAGCGAACGAGAAUACAACAAGAAGGUGACGGCCGAGUUUUGCAUCGGCUCCACCCUCCAUCACGGCAACGUCAUCGAAACGAUCGAUAUAGUGCACGAGAAGGGCAGAUGGUUCGAAGUGAUGGAGUUUGCGCCGUUUGACUUGUUUGCGACAGUCAUGACGGGCAAGAUGGGGAGGGAAGAGGUCACCUGCGCGACGCUGCAAGUGUUGAGCGGCGUGCUAUAUCUUCACAGCAUGGGUUUGGCACAUCGAGAUCUCAAGCUUGACAAUGUGGUGAUCAACGAUCAGGGGAUCAUGAAGUUGAUUGACUUUGGAAGUGCGGUGGUGUUCAGAUAUCCCUUUGAGAAUGAGGUCGUUUUGGCGACUGGCGUUGUCGGAUCUGAUCCAUACCUUGCCCCGGAAGUGUACGAUCACUCAAAGUAUGAUCCCCGGCCGACCGACAUCUGGUCGAUCGCAAUCAUGUUCUGCUGCAUGACACUCCGUCGCUUUCCCUGGAAGGCACCUCGACUCUCAGAUAAUUCAUACCGCCUCUUCGUCGCCACCCCUGACCCGGAUCAGGACAAGGUUCUUGACUCGCAUCGUAGAUCUGUUGCGAACGCGAGGACCGCGCCUCCAUCACGGAAUGCCAGCAACGACGGAGAUCACAAUGGGAACGAUGAGAAGAAGGCGACGAACCCUUCAAUACCGCCCGAGAAUCAGCCCACGAUCAAGGGUCCGAUUAGGUUGCUCAGAUUGCUUCCGAGAGAGACUCGACAUAUCAUCGGACGGAUGCUCGAGCUGGACCCCAAGAAGCGAGCGGACAUGGAUGAGAUUUUGGCGGAUUCGUGGGUGCAGAACAGUUUGGUGUGUCGGCAGGAGGAGAAUGGCGUGGUGAUCAAGGCGCCGAACCAUACGCAUACACUGCAGCCGAGUAAUGCCUCAUAG